AUGACAAGUAAAACCUCUGGUAUUCCACUUACAACCGGCAAUCUUGCUACUCACAUCGAAGGUAGAUUUCAUGCUAACUCAUGAUAAGGAAGCCAAAAUCGAGGCUCGCAAUGACAAUGCAUACGGCACCUUUCAUAGAAGAGAGAAACUUGCGCUCCUGAGAAGCCUAUUGAUGCUAGAUCAAAGAGCUCCUUGUGCCGGCGAAGAAAUUGCUGUGGCAGUGGCAGCCCAAAAGACAAUAAAAAGUCUUCUACAACUGAAGUCACAAAGGAUAUCUUAAACCAGGCAGGUGACGCCGCUCGUAACAAGCGCGGAAAGGGAACUCCAUCACACCCUGAACCAGUCACCAACCCUGGUCCAUUUACACCUCAGGUAAACACAGACACUGAUCCAGAUCACCGGGCAGACAGGAUUGUGUCGGCCAUUGAUGGCUAUGCCAACCACGGGAAGGUGACUUACCCAAGGCCAAAUUGGGGCUAA